AUGCGAUUCUCUCUUCUUUCCGUUCUUUCUCUCGUUUUGCUCUCCUCGAUAGCAUUCUCUCUCGAGCUUAUCGAAUCUCGAGCCCUCAGCCUGUGCUCAGACAGCUUGAGCCUGACCGCAGAGCAUUUCAAUGUCGUCUUCACGCCCCAGAACCAGUCGAUGGCCUUGAGUCUGGAUGGAUCGUCGAAGAUCACCGGAUACGUGAAGGCAGAGCUGGUGCUGACGGUGUAUGGAUACACAGCGCUGCGGAAGGUAUUGAAUCCAUGCGACAUGAGUCUUAAUGGCUUGUGUCCGGUCCGCGCAGGGCCGCUUCCGAUGAUGAGCACCAACAUCAAGAUCCCGGAGAAUGUGGUCUCGCAGAUCCCUCGUAUCGCGUACUCCGUCCCCGACCUCGACGCUUCGGUCCGCGUUUAUAUCAACUCCACGGAAACCGGCGCGGAGAUCACCUGUAUCGAAGCAGCGCUCUCGAACGGAAAGUCAGUCUACCAGGCUGGGGUUGGAUGGACAACGGCCAUCAUAUCGGGGCUGGGAUUGGCGGCGUCGGCGAUAACGUCCAGUUUUGGGAAUUCGAAGGCUGCCACGCAUAUUACGGCCAGCGUUGUCUCGUUGUUCGGUUUCAUGCAGUCUCAGGCGAUGUUUGGGAUGACUUCCGUUCAUAUGCCGCCCAUCGUACAGUCGUGGACCCAGAACUUCCAGUGGAGCAUGGGUAUUAUACAUAUUGGGUUUCUGGAGAGGCUAUGUACUUGGUAUCAGCGUUCAACGGGAGGAAGCCCUUCCAAGAUUCUGUCGAAUCUCACGGUGACUUCGGUACAUGUUAUGAAAAGACGCUCUACUGAGAUCCUUCAACAUGCAUCCGAGUUGAUUCAAGGUGCGCGACAGAAGCGAAGUGUCACUGAGGGAGGCGCCAUCGUGGUUCGAGGAAUCCAGCGAGUGGGCUUUAGGGCUGGGAUCGAAGUGACCAAUAUCUUCCUGACUGGCCUGAUAUUCUUUGUUGUCUUCGUGGUUCUGAUGAUGCUCAUGGUUGCUGCUUUCAAGACCGCCUGCGAUAUUCGAGCCAGAUCGAAGGGAGAGAACACACUGAGAGCAUUGAGAAGAAGAUGGAACCUCAUUGCAAAGGGGGUUAUGUUUCGAUUAGUGUUGAUCGGUUCUCCCCAGAUGCUCAUUCUUUGCCUGUGGGAGUUCACCCAGCAUGAUUCCCCAGCAGAAGUCUUGCUCGCUGUGUUCAUGCUUCUUGGGAUGGUUUCCAGCGUUGGCUUUGCGGCGUUUAGGGUUAUCACGCUUGCACGGAAGUCUUUGGCCAUCCAUCAGAACCCAGCAUAUCUUCUUUACUCCAACGCCCCCUUUUUGAGUCGCUGGGGGUUCCUCUACGUGCACUACAAGGCCACGACCUACUAUUUCAUCGUCCCUGCGCUUGUCUACACGUUCCUCCGCGCCAUCUUCAUAAGUCUGAGCCAGAAUGCACCCGUGGUCCAGACAGUGGCAUUGCUUGUCAUCCAGGCGGGUAUGCUAGUUGCCGUCAGUGUAUGCCGGCCAUGGAUGAACAAGAAGACCAACAUAUACAACAUCUCGAUCACUGCGCUCAACUUCAUCAAUACCAUCUUUCUACUUUUCUUCGCUGACGUUUUCAACCAACCCGGCCUUGUGACCGGGGUGAUGGGAGUCGUGUUCUUCGUCUUCAACACGGCGUUCAUUCUCGUUCUCCUGAUCCUGAUCCUGAUCGACUCGGUGUAUGCAAUCCUGUCGAAGAAUCCGGACACGCGAUACCAGCCCAUGCAGGAUGACCGCGAAUCGUUCGUGCGAUCCAACAGCCAGCUGGUGACGGCCGAGCUGCAUGCGCUCGGGGCCACCGCUCGAGGCGACACCCCAACCUUGCUGUACAAGGCCUUGCAGAGAAGCGACGACGAGCCCCUAGUUGCGAGCAGCAGGGCGCGAGGCAACGGCCUCCACGGGGGAGACUCCAGUGGAGAUGUCACGCUGCAUGAACGACAGUCCCCUACGUCGGUGGUGGAUCUCUCGGUGCCCCUAUUCCCCAGCGGGGGGCGAGGUCAGGAGGAUCGUAAGGUCCGACGACAGUCAUCUUCGCCGAUGUGA